AUGGAGCAAGCAUUGUCCGCCCUGCAGGCACUGUUCAGUUCGCCAGAUCCGGCCACCAAGAAGGAAGCUGACGCGUUUCUGACAAAGUUCCAGCAGACGCCUGUGGCAUGGGAGGUUUCAGACAAGCUGUUAAGCGCAGCCGAUGUGCCCAUGAUGGAGUACCGAUUUUUCGGUGCACAGACGAUGCGAACAAAAGUGCAAUUUGAUUUUUAUGAGCUCCCGGUUGAGAGUUACGGAGCUCUCCGGGACUCGAUGUUGAAUCACAUCGACAGGUUUCGAGCAGCGGAGCAUCAGCCUAUUCACACACAGCUUGCCAUCGCACUCGCGGACCUGGCUAUCCAAAUGGACAAUGCCUGGCCUAAUCCGAUCGAGACCCUGUUCCAGCGCUUCGGGCAAACUCCGCAGAGCUGGUCGACGCUGUUGGAGGUGAUGAAGAUGCUCCCGGAGGAAAACAACAACUACAAGCUGAUGACGGACAGCUUCAAGCGGGAAAGCUGCAGUCAAAGAAUCCAAGCUGCGACGGCACAGGUCGUGCAGUUCCUCCUGAAUUUGCAGUGUUCAGAUGUGCAAGCCAAGCGAAAAGUAUUGGAGUGUUUUCUCAGUUGGAUCAAGUACACCAACUUGCAGGCCAACGAGAUCGCGCAGAACCCAUUUAUUCCGGAGUGUUUCAAGUAUGUCGUCGAAGGUGGCGAGCUCAGUGAGACUGCCACGGACAUCAUUAUCGAGGUGCUGCGAAUGUGCAGUCAGGAUUUUUCGGUGUACCAGCCGGUGAUUCAGGUCAUACUGAGCCAGCUUGGUGGGCUGAGGACCAAAUUCGAGGCUCUUCUUGGCCGCGGUGCCGAGGCAGCCUUGGAUGCAGACCAGGAUGGGCUUCUCCAAAUCUGUCGCAUCUAUGUGGAAACCGGGGAGUGCUUGGUUCCUAUCAUUAUGCAGCAAAGCUCGGAAGCGGAGGUCGUGCUCAUCCUGCAGGUGAUCUUGCGCUGCACAGAUCUUCCGUCACAGGAGAUUUGCGCCAUACCUCUAGAGUUCUGGCAUCGCCUUGCCAACGAAGUCUGCCGGCAUCCGGAGAACGACGUGAAGAUCGACCAGUUCCAAGGAGUUUACAAGGAGCUACUGAGCAUCUCCAUCCGGAGGUGCACCCUCAACGCCACACAGGACCCUUUUCAGGCCGAUGAUGAGGUUGCUGCCUCGCGGCAGCGCUUCCUGGGCCUGGUGGAGGACUGCUUGGAGAUCCUCACGCCCAACGCCGCUUUAGAGCAUGUGUUGCAGAGCCUGCUCGAGGGCCAGCGGCAAGGUGUGACAGUUCAGGAGGCCCAUUUCUUCGUCUUGGCGUUGGUCGGCUCGAGGGCAGAAGUGAGAGAGGGCAGCGUCCUCUGGCAGCUGAUCCAGGGUCUGCCACCCCUCAUCUCGUCGCCAGUUCCGGCCGAUUCCAUGGAGGGG